CUAGCAAGUAAGAAAGAAGUUGCACAAUCUUUCUCUCCCAAAAACAAAGUUCACACUUUUCAUCUUUGUUUGUUGGUUUUAUUUUAAUUUCUUGGUCUCCUUUCCCACUGCAAAACAAAAACGAUCCAACCAACUACUAAAACGACAUUCACCAAAAUCCUCUUCUUUAUUUACCCAAAAAACGCCUACUCUCAGAGAAACAGAAAAGACUCUUGAUGAUGAUGUUAGAAUCAUGUUACAAACCAUUAGAAAGAUGUUUUGGUGUCGGUAGUUCUGAUGGUCUGUUAUGGAACAUGGAUUUAAAACCACACAUGUCUGGUGGUCAAUAUUCCAUUGCUGUUGUUCAAGCCAAUUCUUGUCUUGAAGAUCAAGCUCAAGUCUUUACUUCACCUUCUGCUACUUUUGUUGGUGUUUAUGAUGGUCAUGGUGGUCCUGAAGCUUCUAGAUUCAUCACUAAUCAUCUCUUUCUUUAUCUCCAAAAAUUUGCUGCUGAACGUGGAGGAUUUUCACAAGAUGUGAUAAAGAGGGCAUUUGAUGCAACUGAAACAGAUUUCUUACAUUUAGUAAAAGAAUCCUGGCUGGAUAGACCCCACAUUGUAUCGGUAGGUUCAUGCUGUCUAGUUGGGGUGAUCUCAAAUGGCACUCUAUUUGUGGCAAAUGUUGGAGACUCGAGAGCUGUGCUUGGUCGACAAGUAUCAAGUGGUAGAACAGUUAGCUCUUCAACAGUUGUGGCUGAGCGAUUAUCGACCGACCAUAAUGUUGGGGAUGAGGAGAUCAGAAAGGAGGUCAAAGCCCUUCAUCCUGACGAUUCACAUAUCGUAGUGCAUACUCGUGGUGUUUGGCGGUUAAAAGGCAUUAUUCAGGUGUCAAGAUCUAUUGGAGAUGUCUACUUGAAGAAACCUGAGUACAACAGAAACCCUCUUUUCCAACAAUAUGCAUCCCCUAUACCAAUAAAAAGAGCUGUGAUGUCAGCAGAGCCAUCAAUAUUGACCCACAAGUUGAGGCCCCAAGACCUGUUCUUAAUUUUUGCUUCAGAUGGCCUUUGGGAACAACUCAGUGAUGAGGCUGUUGUUGAAAUUGUCCAUAAAAAUCCCAGAAAUGGAAUAGCAAAAAGAUUAAUACGCUCUGCAAUAGAGGUGGCAGCAAGGAAAAGGGAAAUGAGAUACGAUGAUAUAAAGAGAAUUGAAAAGGGUGUAAGGCGCCACUUUCAUGAUGAUAUUACAGUGGUGGUUAUAUACCUUGAUAACCAGCAAGUAUGGCCCAAUGGGAACCACAACUUCCAAGACGAUGCUAAUAGUGACUGCACUUCUGCCCCUCUCGAUAUUUUCACUUAUAAUUCAGAUAAUUCCGACCUUUCUCUCUGAUUUUGCUUUCCAGUCUGCACCAUAUUGUGUUCAUACAACAAACGUUAUACAGGAAGGUCUCAAAAUGGGUACAUGGGUUCCUUCCCACGAGUAUUUCGUAUUAAACAGGAGUUGUACAUAGUUUUUCUCUUUUGUAGGUGGUGACGGGUGAAUAUACUUAUAGAAGGUUGAGUUGGAUACGAGUCAUGGCUCUCAUGAUAUGACCCGAACCACCUUCUCAUUAAGGCCUCAUGGAAAAUGUUGGUUUGAUUCACAAGUCAAGUUAUCACGGGUCUCCCUCAACGGUGGUUACAGCUUCUAAGUUCUAACCAUAUCAAGUAUAUGUAUAAUAAUAACUAGAUAUUUAUAGCUAUCAGUCAGAGAUCUUUGUAUUUGUUGAAUAACGUUUUGACUUCGGCUGUUGAAAUCUAAAAAAUCAUUAUCCC